UGUGACACAAAUUGCAAACGGUUCGGGCACUGGGUCCGGUAUGCUAACUUCCACAAUAUGUGAAGCCAUAUGCAACCCGCUCACUGAAGUUUGACACAACUACUGUAAUUGCUUUUCAUCGUGAUCGGCCAGAGCCUGACACAGAUACCUGGUGGAACUAAUCCGGGCCCGCUCAGUUCAAUCUAAAGUUUCAAUCCCUUUCGAGACACCCCAAGACCUGUCCGGAAAGGGGUUCUAAUUUGAUGACACGCCUAAUUUGUUUCUGGGUCACUCUUGCGUUAUCCCAGCUUUCCCGUGAACUCGACACUAAGUCUGGACUUAGAGCUGGAAAUAUUGUAGCUGUUCUUUUCACGUGACAAAAGUAGAAAACGUGAUGUGAUCGUUGGCACUGAACAACUUUCGGUUUCAUUCUCCAUAUUUGAUGUUCUGUCUAAUGUUCUUUCCACCUGACUGCAUGCUUUUUCAGAGAAAAUAAAUUGAACUUUGGGAUUUAGAUAAAAAGGAAUUGAAGAGAUCAGGGUGGCAUUGUGCAUCUUACAAUUUGGACUGGAGUGAAAAAAGUACCCAAUCAUGGAUGGAAGCGCAGUUAAGGUCAAACGGAAUCCCUACCUCAGUGCUAAUCCACUCUCCAAGCUCUUCUUUAUGUGGAUUGGACCACUUUUCAGCCUCGCGAACAAACAGAAGAAACUCUCUCCAGAUGACCUGGAUAAUGUAUUACCAUCAGACGAAUCGCAACAUUUAGGAGACAAACUUGAAAGAGAGUGGAUGAAGGAACUGCAAAAGGAGAAGUUUGGAAAGAAGGCCAAUCUUAAUCAUGCUCUUAUCCGGACUUUUGGUUGGUCCUAUGCCUUCUUUGGCAUUUUUGCAAUCAUAGAGCAAGCAGUCCGUCUAACCCAGCCAUUCAUCCUCGGUCGUUUCAUCGACUAUUUCUCACCUCUCAUGGAAGUUCAGGAUUGGGAAGCCUACGUCUAUGCUGGUGGAGUCACGUUGUGUGCUCUCACCCUCAUGCUAGUCCAUAGCCCUUUCUUCUUCGGCCUCCAAAGGCUAGCAUUGAAGAUUCGGGUGUCCUUGUGUACCUUGAUCUACCGCAAGAUACUGCGACUGGACAACAUUUCCACGCGUCAGUCUUCGAGUGGUCAAGUCAACAAUCUCAUGACAAAUGAUGUUAAUAGAUUUGACAUGGCUAUGAUCUCCCUACAUUACCUGUGGUUGUCUCCGCUACAAGCUCUGGCAGUCUUGGGGCUACUCUGGUUGGAGAUUGGAUGGGCUUGUCUCCCUGGAUAUGCACUGCUCGUCAUUCUUCUGCCCAUUCAAGCCGGCAUGAGCAAGCUCUUCUCCACACUCAGGAGAAAGACAGCAGCUCAUACAGACAAGCGAGUUGGCGUUAUGACUGAGAUCAUUGAUGCUAUGAGAGUCAUUAAGAUGUAUGCUUGGGAAAACCCAUUCAGCGAUCUGAUACAGAAAAUCAGAAAGGCAGAGAUCCGUAAGAUCAUCCAGGCUUCCUACCCAAUGGGCAUCAAUAUGGUUCUCUCAAUCUACGGCAACCGUCUCCUGGAUGUCUGCAUGAUUGUUACCUAUGCCCUCACCGCUCCUAGGAUAUACGUCUCCACGGUGUUUGUCGUGGUGUCAUAUUGUGCUACCAUGCGAAGCUCGUUCUUCAGGUUUUUUCUGAGGGCAGUGCAGUUGCGAUCGGAGUGCCUGGUGUCCGUCAAGAGAAUUCAGAAAUUUUUGCUCUUGAAUGAGAUCUCCCCACCAUCAGUUGGACCCUCGGAUCAACAUCAUGACAACCCAGGAAUUCACGUUCAAGACUUGAUGGGUUCCUGGGAUGAUAAUUUAGACAAUCCGUCACUGAGUAACGUCAAUUUUGAGGUUUCUGAGGGUGAGCUGUUGGCUGUGGUUGGCCCAGUGGGAUCUGGCAAGUCGAGCCUUCUCAUGGCUCUCCUGAAAGAACUACCCACAGUCUCUGGCAAUGUGAAUAUAGAUGGCCGGCUGGCCUAUGCUAGCCAGGAACCCUGGAACUUCAGUGGCACCAUCCGGCAGAAUAUCACCUUUGGCAAGGAAUUUAAACAGAGGAAAUACGACCGAAUCAUAGAAGUCUGCGCUCUGACUAAGGACAUCAAAGAUUUCCCAAAUGGUGACCUGACUAUCAUUGGGGAGCGAGGUGUGACCCUCAGUGGAGGUCAGAAGGCAAGGGUCAAUUUGGCCCGAGCCUUGUACGAUGAUGCUGAUGUCUAUCUGCUUGAUGAUCCAUUGAGUGCUGUAGACAGUGAAGUGGGACGCCACAUCUUUGACAAAUGUGUCAUGGAAUACCUUGCCAACAAACCCCGGAUUCUCGUCACCCAUCAACUUCAGUUCCUAAGCACUGCUGACAAGAUCCUUGUUCUGAAAGAGGGUCACAUGGAAGCAGUUGGCCCCCUGAGCGAACUCCAUGAGAAAGGCAUCGACUUUGCCUCCCUGAUGCAACAAGAUGAUGAGGAGGAGGAAGAAAUUGAAGAAGAUGAAGAUGUUGACGGAGACGAGGAGCAUCCUGGUUUGAGGAAACGGCGGAGUACAAUACUGAGCAUCAGGUCUCAGAAGAGUGUCAAAGAUGAGAAAUCAUCCGCCACAACAGCCAAAGCCUUCAAAGAGGAGCAAAGCAAGAAAGGAGACAUCACUCUCAGUGUUUACUACAAAUUUUUUAAAUCCGGCGCCAACUUCCUCAUGAUGACACUUCUGCUUGUCGUCUUCUUGGGAACCCAGACUGUCUACAUCCUGGCAGAUCUGUGGUUGGCUUUCUGGACAGAGGAAGAAGAGAAAAAACAGGCCAUGAAUCUGACCACGAUGGAUCCAUCCAAUGUGCAAGAUGACGAUAACCCAGGUGGUAGCGACAGCCUGCUGAAUUUCAACUUAGAUUUAACCACGGCCCAGAGCGCUUACGUCUACGCUUGCUUCAUUGGACUUCUCUUCCUCCUGGCUAUCUUCCGAUCAGUGCUCUGCUUCAGCAUCAUGAUUAAGUCCUCCCGGAAUCUACACAACAGAAUGUUUAACGCCAUCAUCCGCUCCCCGAUAUCGUUCUUUGACACCAAUCCUGCAGGACGUAUCUUGAAUCGUUUCACCAAGGACAUUGGCUUAAUGGAUGACCAACUUCCCCUGACGUUCUUUGAUUUCCUCCAGCUAUCACUGCUGAUCCUAGGCGUAAUCAUCGUGACCUGUAUUGCCAACUACUACGUCUUAAUCCUGCUGGUGCCUCUUGCUAUCGUCUUUGUAAUCUUGAGGAGGUAUGCCCUUGCAGCUUCGAGGGCCAUCAAACGCCUUGAUGGUGUCACUCGCAGUCCGGUCUUCUCACACACCACGACGUCUUUCCAGGGUCUCAGCACGAUUCGAGCCUACAACAAGCAAGUGCAGUUUGUCCAAGACUUCAAUCGUUACCAGGACCAACACUCGGAGGCCUGGUUUGCCUACCUGGCAGCCAACCGCUGGUUUGGCCUGAGGCUGGACAUCAUAGUGGUCAUCUUCACGGCUGGAAUCUGCUUUGUGUCUGUCCCACUCAAAGAGACUAUUGAUGCAGGACUAAUCGCUGUUAUCCUCAGUAACACCCUCUCCCUAACCUCUGUCUUCCAAUUUGUCGUUAGGCAGAGUGCUCUGGUAGAGAACCAGAUGACAUCUGUUGAGCGGACAAUCGAGUACACGAAGCUAGAGCCAGAAGCUCCACUAACAAACAGGAAGACCGAACCACCACCAACAUGGCCGCAGUUUGGUGCCUUCACCUUCAACAGUCUAUCACUUAACUACUCAACAGAGGGCCCUAGAGUCCUGAAGAACAUCACCUGCAAUAUUAUGGCUAAAGAAAAGGUUGGAAUUGUUGGUCGGACUGGCGCAGGCAAGAGCUCCCUGAUCACAGCUCUCUUCCGAUUGGCCGAACCCAGUGGUGUCAUCAUGCUGGAUGGCAUCACAACCUCCGACCUGGGUCUGCAUGACCUCAGGAAAAAACUGUCAAUCAUUCCACAGGACCCUGUUUUGUUCACUGGUAGUCUGCGUUACAAUCUGGAUCCCUUCAACCAGUAUCCAGACAUAGACCUCUGGAAUGCUCUGGAAGAUGUUCAAUUGCGCUCAGCUGUGCAGGACUCAGUGGAGAAACUCAACAUGGAGGUGGGUGAGUCAGGCUCCAACUUCAGCGUGGGUCAGCGUCAGCUGAUCUGUCUGGCACGGGCAAUACUCCGACAGAAUAGGGUGCUGAUCAUGGAUGAGGCUACGGCAAAUGUGGACCCCAGGACUGAUGCCCUAAUUCAGAAGACAAUAAGAACUAAAUUCCAGAACUGCACCGUGCUGACCAUAGCACACAGGCUGCACACAAUCAUAGACAGUGACCGCAUGAUGGUCUUGGAUGCUGGUGAGCUGAUUGAGUUUGACCAGCCGUACGCCUUACUCCAGCGAUCAGACAGCAUGCUGAGCAAACUGGUGGAGCAAAUGGGCAAGGCGGAGUCUGCUUCUCUGAUGGAGGUGGCGUGUCAACACUUCAAGCAACGGAGAGUGACAGGGGUGAAUAACGUUUCCUUUGCCAGCCCAGAGGAACUCACAGUUGAGGGUUAUCAGCAACAGCUUCAGAGGUGGGGAAUGUCCAACCUAACGACUGCCGCCAGGACACAAUCUGUAGGCAUACAGACGGAGCCUUUUGCAUACCACACAGUCCUCCUGCCGAGAACAUCGGACGGCUUUGGUUUCUCAUUGGCCGGCAGCACAGAUAACCCCUACAUGCCUGUGUUUGUUGUCCAGGUUAUAGAGGACUCCCCAGCUAGCUUCCCUAACGCCCUCCAGGUUGGGGAUGAGAUCAUGGCCAUUAAUGGUCAUGACCGUGACAUGCUGACCUAUGCCGACAUUUGCCAAAUGGUCAAGGAGAGUAAGGAGCGUGUCCAGCUGCUGGUCAAGCGACGCAGCAAUGCCAAGGUGACCACGACGUCUUUCACCAAAGAGACGCCAAAGGAGAAGGAAAUGAGUCUAAAGGACAAGCAGGGAAGGAAGUUAUCGCCUUCCUCAAAACGAAAACCAAGCCCAACCCAGGAGAAUAUGGAACAGGCCAUCGAUGACUCCGCCUCCAGUGGAACAUCCUCCAUGGUUUUUACUAAUGAAGGAUUUGAGGAUACUCCACUCUCAGCGAUAGGGGAGUCCAUCAGUAAGACCAAUGAAGGGGCAAGCUCCUCAGAUGUUGAAGUUAGGGGAUCCAUGUCUUCCAGUUCAUCAGAUGACACAGUCGACACAAAACUGUGAGAACAUGAAACAUUUCAACUCGUUUGUAAGUGUAAUACAUGCCAGUAAAUUAUUCCAGGCAUGUUUAAUGUUUUAGUGCUUUGGCACUUUAAUCAGUCACCGUUGUCUUGCAUUGAACCAUUAAAAAACCUGGGUUCAGUGUGAGGCCAUGUCUGAAUUACUUGGCUGCUGCUUGGAAUCACACAUGAGUCUAUGGCAGCGCCUGCAGCCACUGCAUAGCAUUGCUUGUAAUUUCAAGCUGCAGCCAACAAAUUCAGACAUGGCCCGAUAAAGCUGAUUGGAAGGUAAUGCUGCUGAGAAGACUAAUAUGCUUAGCAAUAAACAGCGGGGCAACCAGUAGCAAAAGAACAUGCAAUACAUGUCGUUUUGAUUGGUAACCAAUACUUUACUGAAACAUUUUCUGUCCUUAUCCAAUUUCCGUCUUCGGCAACUCAUUCACAUUGGACCCAGAUUGAUUGCUUGUCGUUUUCCUGGGUACUAGAUCUCUCUACUGAUGAUGUCUCAGUAUGUUUACAUGUGUGCGUUUCUGUGGUGCUCAUUGGACCGUGAGCCCCUACUGACUCCAUAGGAAAGUGCACAUGUAAACUAAGUGUGUGACGUCAUCAGUAGAUAGGCCUAUUGAUACUUUUUUUUCUGUUCACUGUAUUCUCUAUCUGUUCAAUUAUUCUGUUAUAUGGAACAGUGCUUUUCCCUGUGGUAUCACUUAUGACCAAUGUAACCCUGGAUGGAUGAUGGAUGGAUGAUUUUCCAUUUUGGUGCUGUUUACACUCUUGGCACAAAGGAAAAUGACUGAGAUGUAAAUGUCACUUUUCUCUCAUGAUUACAAAAACAAAACUUGUUUUGGCUCUUGGGGGGUAGAAUCCCCCCCCCCUGGCAUUCCCUGUCCCAGAUCCAUCCUUGGUAUUACGUUUUUUUAAUCACAAAAUUUGGUGUUCGUUAUUGAAGCUAACCUAGGCAAGCAACCGUUGCAGUCAUACAUUCUAUGUUUUAUUGUUAGGCAUUGGAGCUUGUUUCCUAAUUCAGUUGGCAUUGCCUGUGUUUUAAUGGUUUCUUCCUGUCACUAAGUUGUGUCAUUUCAACUUUGACUGUCGGGUUUUUAUGUUGUAUUCACAUGCACACAACUCAUAUUGAACAGUUUAUAUAACUGAGAAUCUUAAAUUAAGUUCACUACAAAGUAUUUUUGUGAUCACUUAUGCAAGUAAUAUAAUGCAUGUUGUAACAAGUUUGCACAGCACAGGUUAUUAACCACUGGCAUUUUGUGAAGUGCAACAAAUAUGUUUUAACCAGUUUGGAAGUUAAUUUUGUUUCAAAGAUGUUAUGUUACUCAGAGUAUAGAAGUUAUCUAAACAUGUAAUUCUGGUUAAAUAAUACUUGUGGAUGACCCAUGUAUAAUGAUGUGGUUCAGUUUGGUUCAGUACUUUGAGGUUCUCAUGGAAAACAAAUAUCAUCUGGCAGAAACUUUCAAAAGGCCAACAAAUGAACUUAAGAAAAUUUCUUUUCAACCAUUUUCAAGGGGGUUAUUUUGUAAAUGGUUUCUGGCAUAAAAGUAAAAUCUCACCAGCCUUCUUUGCAUAGGAAUUAUGCUUGACCCUUAGACAUAGAGUUAUUGAUUUUGUUUGGUUUGAGACGUUAUUCAAAAGGAUUUCGAAAUCUUGUAAUUGUUAGAAAAUUUUCUUAAAUAGUACCACAUUAUUUAAAUUUAAAGGUGACAUAUUUUUAUUUAGAAAGGGCAACUCUUAAAAUUCAUUUUCUUUGAAUUUCAGUAGAUUAGAGUGAAUUGUCAGAGAUGAUACCAAUUGUGAUUACAUGUACUUGUAUAAAGGCUACAAAUUGCAUUGUAAGAAUUCUUGUUGAAAUAGGGAAUGUUCUGAGAUGAGUGAGUGCCAUGUUGUUAGAGGUACCGAUUGAGUCUACUAAAUGUGAAAUUGGUACGAGCUGGGGCCAGCUGUACAGAGCUUUCUAAGCUCAGAAAAAAGCUCCACAAUAUAUUCGCUUAGCAGAAACAGAUUAUCAGCAGAAAGCAUACUGCCUGUAUUUGGUACUCAGCAUUAUUUUUAGCUGAGCAAGAUUUUUUUCUCAGCAACUCUUAGUUCUUUACUUUCUUUGCUCAGCAAACUUGCAGAGCCGGAUCUUCCGUGUUGCAAUUCCAUUACCCUGGGUCCUCUUGGUGCUCCGUAGGGAGAGAUCCCAGCAUUCCAAGGGUUUCCGGUUCACAAAUAACUGACACAAAGUUGAGAGUCAUUCUGUUUUAGGUAAAACUGUGCUUUAAUGUGCUCAGAAUAUUUGGCACAUGUUGCAAUAUAACUUCCACCGAUACUGUGUGGUUGAUUUACGACAGGGUUUUAUAUACAAUCCUUGAAAGAUAGGAGUAAAUGAGGUUGUUAAAUUGUUGUGAUAUGCAAGAAAGAUUGAAAUAACUCGGUACCACUAAUAUCAGUAUUACAAUUAUUGAAGUAGUCUA